GAGAGAGAGGACCUUCGGACUGGCUGAGCUCUCUGGGAUGUUGUUGCUGCUGUUGUCGGUGAUGUGAAGCGACAUUAAGGAGCUGAUGAAGGGACUCCUGCCUGCGUGUGGACACGUUUCUACAUUUUUGCAGUUACAUUUAUAGCAGCGCUGUGUGGUGGAGACCAGCUGAAGUUGGCUUCCUGCCCGUUGAGAUGUGCCAAUAGGAAACACUGUGAGCUGGGGUUCAUGCUGAUGAAAUUGAUCUGCUCAGUGAGCUCCAACCAGAGCCAUGGGGAGUACCCAGACUGCCGGAGUGAGAGGGAGUCGGGAGGGGAGGCGUCUCUCCUGGUGUCUCCGCUGGUGGUGGCGGGGAUCGUUAUAGGUCUUGUUCUCUUCCUCUCCUGCAUCACCAUCAUCGUCGGCAGCCUGCGCAAAGACAGUCGACUCCGAAACCCACAACUCCGAGCAAGUUACGGUCUGGACGGUUUUUCUUAUGGUGGUUCAGUAGGAGAACUGAGGUCUACCUGCUUAGAAGACUUUCCUCCUGGUUUAGACUUUGAUUCAUUCAGAGAGACUCUGUCACAGGUCAACAGUCUGUACCCCGACUCCCCACCACGUUACGAUGAGUGUGUUGGUCCGGGUUCAACUCAGAUCUACAUACCUACAGAUGACCCGCCUCCUUACUCCCUACUGGACCCCUGUCAGAGAGGGGUGGAGCAGGAGGAGCAGCCUAACUACACCAGUCUGGAUCCCUCUCCAUACUGUGGAGAGACCUCAGCCAGCGCUGCCUGGUUCUCCCCCUCCCACUAUCCACUGGGACUGCAGGAGCAGGAGCACCAACAAAUCUCAUCCAUCUCCUUCCCGCUGGAGGCGGCGCCGCCUUACGAGUCAGUGUUGGCCGAACAGGGACAGCCCCUCCCUCUCAUGCCAUGUGACCUUUAUAAACACCAAUCGGAGAGGGGGGAUGAUGGCAACUCCCAGCAACCGGGCGCAAACCACAUUUUGCAAGACAAUUAAUUUGUUUCUUUCACCUGCGCUGCUGGGCAUCCCCAGCUGAAUUGAACAAACACUUGUGACGUGUGGCACAAAAUAGCUGUUAGGAGCAGCCGUGACACCAAACGAUGGACACUAAAUGAGACGUACACCUCCUACACAGAGUCGUUAACACCUAAUAAGGCUGGAGAUUUGAUGAUGUCAGCUUCUCAGUGGACUGGAAUGCAGCCAAGACUCCAGUUUUCAUCAACUUAACUGCAGUUUGCUUACAGACAAACAACAACAAAAAAACAAACUCACUAAUUAUGUUGUACUGUAAAGUUUCUGGAAUGAGGGUUUGCUCCCAUGGACUUUCCUCCAUCUAACACCAUUGUCUAGUUCAGGUUCUGGCUGUUAAUCUCUCUUUCUGAAUGACAACAGAUCCAGGAGUCAUGUCACGUGUCAUGUUUGAAGUUUAGGUGGACUUAUGGCCACAAAAUGUGGACAUCUAUUCAUCCAAUCGUAGAUAAUGGCAGUGUGUGGAGAGGAAAGAGUGCCAACAGUGUCAAUGUGGUAUUUAGUAGUGUAGUUUGAGGUAAACACAAGCACACAGAGUACCCCCACCCACCACCGCCACCACAUUUCUUUCAGUAUAAUCCUCACCUAUGAGUCUAUUUUAAUGUCAUCCCGCACUAGCAGGACACCACUGCUGUCCUCCAUUCUUUGUAUCGUGUGCCGUACUGUAGCUUCCAGUGUGGUGGUUUUAUCCUAGUGCUUAGAAUGAUGACUUUGUGAUAAAAUGGUUGUGAACGUAAACUAAUUAGGAAACUACCUGGACGGGAAGAGUGAAUUAUCAACACUCCCCUCGGUUAUGUCUGUUACGCCCUUUGAUGGAUGGUUAUGGAGGUAAUUGUUAAAUAUUCACAGCGUACAUCUGUCAUCGCCAGAGAGGAGCCGGUUUCAACUUGUCCACUGUUGUACAAAUUGUCAUAACUCUUUCUAUCAAGGGCUCUGGUUUUAAUAUCAGUUGUGUAAGUGGACCCCAGCAGCAACAUGUAGCUCGGAGCCGUCCUCCCCGAUGAGGCUGGCUUGAUGCAACAAAGAAGUGACACAUUAAACUGUAGAUCUUAACACACUGGAGGAGUGGAUGCUUCUGCCUUUGUCUUUUUCUCUGUUGUGCUUUCACGAAAGAAUUAACUUGAGGCAUCGUGUUGU